AUGUCCAUUUCCAACGGCCAGCCAGCUUGGCCAUCUCCCCUUCUGCACCAUACAAACAGUACCAGGUCUUUGAAUCCUCUCGAUGAUGGAACGGCGCGUACCCAGACCCCCGUCGACAAUAAUACGGCAGAGUUGGUGCCUGAGGCAUCCGUCGAUAUCGAAGAAGAAGCCCGUCGCGCUCUUUUUGCCGACUUGUAUCGCAAGACCGAGGACAAAAUUGCCUUGUUGUUUGCCGAGGAUGGUUCUUAUAACCUCGACGCGAUUGCAGGGCUGAAGCGAUGUGCCCCUACCCCUACCGUGACGCUCCCCCCCACCACCGAUCACGAACCCAUCAAAGAACCGCCCUACAAAAAGGCCAAACGUGCCAUUGAUGAAGAUGACUAUGAUGACGACGAUGAAGAUGAAGAUCAAGAAGCCGCUGCGCCUGCGCCUGCGCUGAAAGCGCAAGGUUCCUCCGCCUCUGUCGCCGCCAACUCUCUGUUGUCCCCUUCCAAGUCUGGCAGCUCCCCCGUCCAUUCGCUCAACUCUCCAGGAAGACUAGCAGAAAAGCUAAAAUCUAGCUACGAAGAGUCGCAGAAUAAGGCAAAGGCCGGGGAAAUUAACGACGGUGCCAUCAAAAGUUUGGAAGAGGCCAGGAGCUUUACUAUAUAG